AUGGUCAGCCAUCACUUUCGUUCACUUAUCGUGAAGUUAUACGACCGUCUCGUCAUAAACAAAUCAACGAUUGAAUACAUCAAGAAAGGAAGACACCUGCUACCAUUCGCACUGAUUGGCAAGACACCGCUUGCACAUCUCACUAUUGAUAAAGAUGACGAAGACUAUGAUCCCUAUGAAGAUGACAAUAAGGAGGCACCAAUUCUUGAUAACGACAUAUUCAAACAGAUCAUCAUUGAUGGAGUGUUGACAUCACUCACUGGUCCUGCAUAUCAAGUGAGCAACGUCAUCAAUAUGUUUGGCAUCACAUCGUUGAUCAAAGUCAACAUCUCAUAUGAGUUGGAUGGUCAAGAUGCAGAGGUUUGGAUGAAAGACGACAUUGGCGACACCAACCCAAACAUUCGAGAACUGACCUUCAGCACUCAUGAUGAAGGUCAUGGUGAUCCCAACCAGCACUUUGUCGGAUGCAUGAGGGGUAUCUUUGAAUCAUUCCUCAAUCUCACGUCCCUCACAAUCAAAUCGCGCUGGCUGGGAUGGUUCGACAGGUGGGAGGAUGCAUCGACACUCACAUCAUUGACUCAUCUUCAAAUUCAUGGCAACAUCUAUGACUCUAGAAGUCUUGAAUCCUACCUCGAGUCACAGGCAACGAUCAAGUCGCUCACUUAUUCCAAGAGGAAGAGCGAUUCCAAGGACACGCUGCUUGCAUUCCUUCUCGGCUCCAAGUGCAAAAUUGACAUCAUCUCAACCGAAAUGUUCAUUGGUGAAGCAAUACCAUUGGUCCAGCAAAGAAGAAUAAGAUCAUUGACGAUCAUGAUGCGCCACAUUGGAGAGACCCAAUCCAAUGAUCAAUUGGAACCCCCUAGUGUUGAUGAAUCACUUGUAUCAGCAUUGAGAAUGAUCGAUCACAUUGGAAUCCGUUUCGGCUACUUUCAUCGAAAGGGUAAUCACGAGUUCACAUGGUCGUUGGUCAAGGCGCUCACACCAAGUUUGUCCAGGAUCAGUUUGGACGAGGACGUCCUACAGCCGGGCUACCCCGACAACUUUGGAGUUCCAAUGACCCAAGAAAGCUUUGACAAUGUGAUUACCCAAUUGGAUGACAAUCCAAAAUUAGGUUAUAGUAGGGAAACCUACCUUUAUAAGGCCAUCAUGCUAUACUUCUAUCCUGAUGAUUAUAUUAAUGAGACAGAUAGUGACAAGAAUCUUCCACAAUUGCCUCAAUUGAUAGUGGAUUGCAUUAUGAUGGAUGCUUGGAGAAUGGCCAACGAUGAGAAUGAAAGGAGGUGGGCACUCGGGCUUGACACUCUCAAUCAUCACUUUCAUUCACUGAUAGUGAAGAGCUUUGAUCGACUAAUCAUAAACCGAUCGUUUUUAGAUUAUGUCAACAAACAAAGAGACUUGUUGCCAUUCGCACUGAUUGGCAAGACACCGCUGCGACACCUCACGAUUGACAUGGCCCCCGACUUCCCAAUCUCAGUUCUUCUCAAGAGCGACUUGUGCAAACAAAUGAUUGUCGAUGGAGUGUUGACAUCACUGAAAGGACCUGCGUACCAAGUGAGCAGGGUCAUUGGCAAGCUCAGCAUCACAUCGUUGACAAAGGUCAACAUCUCUUAUGUGUUGGAUGGCAUAGAUAUGGCCGAGGAACCAAUGUCAGACAUUGGUGAUGCCAACCCAAACAUUCGCGAACUGACCUUCAGCACCGACGAUGGCGGCCAUGGCGAGCCCAUUGAAAUCUUUGAGGGCUGCAUGGAGGAUAUCUAUGGAUCGUUCACCAAUCUCGUGACACUCACAGUCGAAAGUAUCCGUCUCUCCCAGUACGAUUAUUGGAGCAAUGCAUCGAAGCUCACAUCGUUGACGGGUCUUCAUCUUCAUGGCCACAUCCAGUACACAAGUAGCCUGGUGUCCUAUCUCGAGUCACAAUCAACGAUCAAGUCAUUCACCUAUUUCAACAUGGACAGUGAUUCCGAGGUGGGACCACAAGCGCUGGUGACAUUCCUCCUCAGCUCCAAGUGCAACAUUGACAAUAUCUCAAUCGAGUUGUUCAUUGGUCAAUCACUACCAUUGGCUGAAAGAAGAUUAAGAUCAUUGACGAUCAAGCCGCGACCCCUUGGAAGCGACCUUCCCAACCAAUCUCAACUGGACCAUCCAGAUGAAUCUCAUGUAUCAGCGUUGAGAAUGUCUGAUCACAUUGGAAUCAUUAACGACUAUGAUGAUGAUCAUAAAAAGAGAGCGACAUUGAACAAAUGA